CUCCUCCUUUCUUUUCAACUUUCAUUACUUUCUUUCUGAACUCCUUUCAACAAAUCAGUCUAUUUCAGAACAUUUCAAUUCACCUUCACAAUCAGAAACUUUGGUUGUCUGGUGAUUGUUAAACGAAUUAGACAUUUGUUAAAGGAAUUCGUCUAUCUUUUUCAGCCAGUUCUGCCCAAACUCGGCUGUAACUUUUGUCAUCGUCCCAUAUCAUAUUGAUUCCAAUCCUCCGGAACCAAUACAAAAAGCAUUCAUAUAUCCUUUACUUUCAUUUUAAGGAAAAACUUUUUUUUUUUGAUUUUCGCUUAAUACUUUCAACAAACUAACACAAUGAGCGUCUUGACUCCUAUUGCUGAUGGUGCUCCCAGUUCUACUUUCCCUAAGAGAGACCAUCCUCUACAACCGAAGGCCAUUUCCGUAUCUGAUCAACCAAUCCAAACAAACAAAUUCUAUGGUAACCUUUUCUUGGAAGAUCAAAAGUUUCCAAGUUUCCCCCAACCAUAUACGUUGACAUGGCGGAACAACGAUGAUGGCUUCUCUGGUCUAGGCAUCAGUCAUACAGAAGCCAGCCAGUAUACAUAUGGACCAGAUGCUAGUAAAACUCCGUGUGAGUUCUAUAUCAAUCCAGCAGGAUUAUUCUCAUUGAUUAUUUCUGCGAAUGAGUUUUCUAAAGGAAACAAACUUUCCGCGAGUAACUCUCGCCAUUUUUCCGUUCAAACUGUUUUGGAACCCUCCGAUUCAUCUGACGGAAACAUUACGAUUCCUAUUGUUGCUGGAAGUGCGUUCAUCAGUGCCGUUUACAAGAAUUUGACCCCGGUCUUCAAUUCGUCAAUCAUGGUAAAGUCGCUUGAUAAGAGUGACUUCAGUGGUGGUUCUAAGUACAAGGUCACAUUGAACGAUAACAAGGUUUGGCUCAUUUAUGCCUUCCCUUCCGACUCUAGCUCUUUUGAUCUAAAAAAAGACAGCAACAGUAAAUUAACUGCCUCCUCCAAAUUUAACGGACUUGUCCAAAUUUGCAAAGUUCCCAGUUCCAGCGUCAGUGACGGCACGGGUGACAAAACUUUUGACAAGUAUGCUGGUGUUUAUGCAACUGGCAUCACUUUAAGUGCCAAUGUUUCUAACGAUACUGGUGAAUACUGGUUUACUUUUGAUAAAGCUGGUGACAAAUCUAAGAGUCCACUGGUGUAUGCUCUCCCUCACCAUCAAAGUACUUUUGGCUCUGAUACCCAGGGAUCAAAGACUGGUAUGGCUUUACAGAGUACCGUUAUGGGUGUUAUGACUGCGUAUGGAGCAGAUAAAUGGCAUUUAGUGGAAAAGAAUCUUCCUACGGAUGUUGAGUUUCUUCCCAUUCCUUGGAACGGAGGAAACUCUAACAACUCUGAUAACAUUUUGAGUACUAUCAAAUCUGCUUGCCAAAAUGACAUAAAUUUUGAUGUCGAGAGCGCCACAGAUACCAAUAGUAUGUAUGCCUCUGGUAAAGUCUUCGCUAAAUAUGCCCAAGUUUGUUUGGUGGCAUCCAAAGUAUUGAAGGAUGACAAUUUGACUAAGACUGGUCUUGACAAGUUGAAGAAAGCCCUCCAAAGAUAUGUUGACAACAAGGAACAGUUCCCUCUUAAUUACGAUCAAACCUACAAAGGUAUCAUCAGUACGGCCGGUAUCAAGACCCCCCUUGCUGAUUAUGGUAAUACUUACUACAAUGACCAUCAUUUCCAUUAUGGAUAUCAUAUCUAUGCAAUGGCAGUUGCUGGCUUAUUGGAUUCAGGUUGGCUUUCGGAUUCCCAAAACGAAUAUGUUAAUGAUUUGAUACGUGAUGCAGCAAAUCCUGUGGAGGAUGAUAACAAUUUCCCUUUUUUCCGAUCCUUUGACUGGUUCAGCGGUCAUUCUUGGUCUAAAGGCUUGUUCGCAAGUGGUGAUGGUAAAGAUGAAGAGUCAACCUCUGAAGAUUACAACUUUUACUACGCUAUGAAACUUUGGGGAAUUGUUAAGAAGGAUAAUAACAUAAUCAACCGUGCAAAUUUGAUGCUGGCGGUAAUCAGAACGAGCAUGAAUGAUUAUAUUUAUAUAACUCCCGACAACAAGAUUCAGCCAGAAAAAAUACGUGGCAAUUACUGUGCAGGAAUCACUUUUAUGAACAAGGUUGACUAUACCACCUAUUUCGGUACUGAUGAGUACUUAAAACAAGGAAUCCACAUGAUCCCAAUCACUCCUAUCAGUGGUUACGUUCGUACUCCUUCUUAUGUAAAGUCAAGCUGGGAUGCUAAAAUUGCUCCAACUAUCAAGAACGUUUUGAACGGUUGGACUGGUGUCCUUUAUUCCAAUUUGGCUAUCACUGAUCCCACUGCUGCAUGGAAAGAGUUUAGUUCUUCUGACUUUAAGGACUCUUAUAUUGACAAUGGUGCUUCAAAGACAUGGUAUUUGGCAUUGGCAGCCGGUAUGGGUGCCUCACCUUAAAGCUGUGCUAUAAAGUAUGGAAAUAUGUUUGGCAUAUAUGAAAGAAAGUAAUGAAAGAAAGGACAGUUACGAACAGGCAGGCUUAGCAAUCUCUUUACAGAGAGUGCUUUUACGACAAACGUUUAGAAGUUAGUCUAAAAUAAAUUUACAGGCUACUUGCUACGGCAAAUGUAGUGGUUUUACGAGUGCAUUGAGGAAGUAAAAUUGAUUACAACUUAAUUGCAUUCCUCUACAUUUUUUUGUGAAAAUAAAAAAAAUAUAAUAUAAUAUUAACGACAUUAUUACCAGCUAGUUUAUAGAAAGUUUAGAAGGACUUUGCUAGUUGAAGUAGGCGACGUUAAGAAAGCAUUGCACUAUACAUAAACGUAAAUCAAAAGUGGUUUUAA